GUCCUACCCCUUUGGUCGGUCAGGUGACGCUGUGUGCAGUCUCGCUGUUACACACGCUUCCACUAAGAGCACGGAUAAACCACUAUCGCGCUGUAACUCACAGUUAAAAGCGAAAACCCUCGCUUGAAUAUCGUCGGGAGAGAUCUUUAGGAGAAUGUGGGAUCGUCGGCUUUUCUUGCUGUUGAUGGUCGCGAGCUCGGCUCUCGCGGUGGAGAUACCAUCAGAAGAAGGACCGGGCUUACUGGCCGAGCCACAAGUAGCCAUGUUUUGUGAGAAGCUCAACAUGCACAUGAACAUCCAGAGUGGCAAGUGGGAGCCUGACCCUUCAGGCACCAAAAGCUGCGUCAACACCAAAGAGGGCAUCCUUCAGUACUGCCAAGAGGUCUACCCAGAUCUGCAGAUCACAAACGUAGUGGAAGCCAAUCAGCCUGUCAGCAUCCAGAACUGGUGCAAGAAGGGUCGGAAGCAGUGCCGCAGUCAUGUGCACGUCGUAGUGCCUUACCGCUGCCUCGUGGGUGAAUUUGUGAGUGACGCUUUGCUGGUUCCUGAUAAGUGCAAGUUCCUGCACCAGGAGAGGAUGGACAUGUGUGAGACUCACCUGCACUGGCACACAGUGGCCAAAGAGUCUUGCGGCGAUCACGGCAUGAACCUCCACAAUUACGGGAUGUUGUUACCGUGUGCCAUCGACCGUUUCCGUGGUGUGGAGUUUGUGUGCUGCCCGGUGGAGACGGAGCGGGAGAAGGAUGACGCAGAAGCAGAGGAGGACGAUUCGGACGUCUGGUGGGGAGGAGCCGAGACGGACUAUUCUGAUAACAGCAUGACUCGGGAGGCGGAGCUUGCAGAGCAGGUGGAGGCGGAGCCUGCUGUGGCUGAGGAUGAUGAAGUUAUUGACGAUGAAGAGGAGACUCUAGAUAAUGACCAGGAUGGUGAUGGAGAAGUGGAGGAGGAAGAUGAUGAGGAGGAGGAGGAGGAGGAAGAUGACGAGAUGAUUGACCAAAGCAUCGACAACGAGCAGACCACUAGCGUUGCCAUGACUACCACUACAACCACCACAACCGAGUCAGUGGAAGAAGUGGUCCGAGAAGUGUGUUGGGCGAACGCAGAGACUGGGCCGUGCAGGGCCAUGUUGCCCCGCUGGUAUUUUGUGAAAGAAGAGGGUCGCUGCGCUCCCUUCAUCUAUGGGGGCUGCGGAGGAAACCGCAAUAACUUUGAGUCAGAGGAAUACUGCCUGUCUGUCUGCGGUGGUGUGUUGCCCACCACUUCUCCAAGCUCGCCAGACGCAGUAGAUCGCUACCUGGAGACGCCAGCAGACGAGAAUGAGCACGCACACUUUCAGAAGGCCAAGGAAAGUCUUGAGGCCAAACAUCGUGAGAGAAUGUCUCAGGUGAUGAGGGAGUGGGAGGAGGCCGAGCGUCAGUCUAAGAGUCUGCCACGUGCUGACAAGAAGGCAGUCAUCCAGCACUUCCAGGAGAAGGUGGAGGCUUUGGAGAAGGAGGCAGCCAGCGAGAGGCAGCAGCUAGUGGAAACUCAUAUGGCUCGUGUGGAGGCUCUUCUUAACGACCGCCGACGUCUUGCACUCGAGAGUUUUCUGAGUGCCCUGCAGGCAGACCAGCCACGGCCACGUCACGUGUUCAGUCUGUUGAAGAAGUACGUGCGUGCUGAGCAGAAGGACAGACAGCACACCCUGAAACACUUCGAACACGUGCGCGUUGUGGACCCCAAGAAAGCCGCUCAGAUCCGACCUCAGGUGUUGACCCACUUGCGUGUGAUUGAAGAGAGGAUGAACCAGUCUCUGGCGCUUCUCUACAAAGUCCCAGGCGUGUUGGAGGAUAUCCAGGAUCAAGUUGAACUGUUACAGCGUGAGCAGCAGGAGAUGUCAGCACAGUUAGCAUCACUGCAGAGCGACGUGAGAGUGAGCUACGGCAACGACGCCCUGAUGCCCGACAGCACUGCCCCGCUUGAUCUGCUGCCAUCUGAGGACUCCGAUCACCUGGGCUUCAUUCACCCUGAGAGCUUCAACCAGCCCAACACUGAGAACCAUGUUGAGCCCGUCGAUGUCCGUCCCUUCCCUGACAGAGGGCUUCCUACUCGCCCAGUUUCUGGCCUGAAGCCUGAGGAUGUUCCUGAGCUGAGGAUGGAGGCAGAGGAGAGGCACAACGCUGCUUAUGAGGUUCACCACCAGAAACUGGUUUUCUUCGCCGAAGACGUCAGCUCUAACAAGGGUGCUAUUAUUGGCCUGAUGGUAGGAGGUGUCGUCAUAGCGACUGUCAUUGUCAUCACCCUGGUAAUGCUGCGAAAGAAGCAGUACACAUCCAUCCACCACGGUGUGAUCGAGGUGGACGCUGCUAUCACUCCAGAAGAGCGCCAUCUUUCUAAGAUGCAGCAGAACGGCUACGAGAAUCCAACCUAUAAGUUCUUUGAGCAGAUGAACUAAUGAUCCACGUGCUAGGCUGUAGUCCCCUAACCCCUUCCUCUUUACCCCUGUCUGGACAGUGUAGGGAAGGACUCUCACUCCCUGUAGUACAUAUCCUGUGGUGCCAUAAGCACGGUCACUUGCGAUUGGUCACUUAUCAAAACGAUGCAUAUAACCCGGUCAAACUUCUUACUUAAUAUGUGUAGUGAAGCUGCCCUGAAGCACUGAUUCAGGGUCAGUUGUUUGGGAUUUUCUCUUGAUUUAGAAUGAAACUGGGCUGAUCUCAGAUCUGAGUUCAUACUUUUUCUUUUUUUCUUUUUUUAAAGCGAGUGUCCCUCACACUGUCCAUACCCACUACUACUUUAACUGCUGAACACUGGGAUAGAACUGAUUAGUGUUAAAGACACUAUUCCUCAUUUUCUUUCUUCUGCACUUCCUGUCCUAUUCCCAUUGUGUGCUUUGAUGACAGCUGUGCUGUGUUGGAAUUUAAAAAAAAAAAAGGAUUAAACUCAUGACGAUAAGAUUAUAGUGAAAACCCUAAUGUACUCUUGAAUGAACUCUUAAAUUUUAAGAUUUUUUUUUUCCAAGAAAAAAAAGAAAAAUCAUGGAUAAAGAGAAUUUUUUUUCUUUAGCUGAGUCUAAUGUAUUGUCGUAAUGCAGAAAAAAAAAACCUAGCUGUAUCUAUUUAGUGCAUGAUGGAAAAAAAAAAUGAAGAAAACCUCUGUUGUCUGAAUGGAUCCUUUCUCAUGUAGAGAUCGUCAUUUUAGCAGGGUUCAACAUUUACCGUCUUCUCAUGACUUCAGUUUCAACUAACGAGCAACAACGGUAGUCUGAUUUGGCUUUCUGCUUUGAUUUUAUACAGACCUGAUUUACAAAAACCAUGAUUUUGUUUUUCAUUCAUCUUUAUUUUUUACUUUGAGUUCCUCCAGCUACUGGGGGCUGGAAAAUCAGUGUGUAUAUUUCUAUCUUUAUGCGUUUUCAUCCUGUGCAUUUUAGAGAUGCUCUCUCUCUCUCUCUCUCUCUCUCUCUCUCUCUCUCUCUCUCUCUCUCUCUCUCUCUGUUUUCACGCUAUUUAAUUUCCCUUUCUGUUUGGAUUCACAUGGUUGGAUGUGUUUUGUAACGGGUUUUCAGGCUCUAGGGUAUUUAAGGUUUGGGAGGUAGGGAUUCGCUGUAUGUGUUUGUAUGUUCUCUCCAGUGAAGUUUGUGUUUUUUGUACAAUCCCAUGUGAAGUUAAAAAAAGAAAAAAAAAAAGACCUUCUUUCCUUCAGCCUCUAGUUUCCUAGAAAACUCGCACCAAAGAGGCUUCUUUGUUCCUCUCAUGUCUGAUCUCUGGUUAGAGAGGGCUGCUGCGGUGCAGAACCGGGUGUGAUUACAUGGGAAGGAUGGAAGGAAAUAAUGAGAAGAAAUUCUUUUUAUGUCUCCUGGAUAGACAGUCCGAUCUCUUUCCUGCCCUCGUCUUGUGCUUAUGCUUUAGUCGUUUUUAAAGAUGCGGUGUAUUAGAGGUUGCCAGAUUGGAUCCGUGCAAGCCGGUUAUUUUCACUCUGAAUCGCUGCAUAGAACGACAGAAGGAGACCUGGACCUGGCAACCAGGGGUUAAAAAAUAAAACAAAACACUGGUAUAAAUGGAAAGAAGUGCAUUUCCAUUUACAUCAUUUAUUUCCCUGAUUUAACAAGGCAGGCAGGUUAAUUCUUAUAAGACGUCAUCUUGGAGCAGUGGCUACUUGCUGAGAUCAGAUUUCAGGUUAAGGAAUAAAGUGAGCAGAUGGUUGUUUUUUUUUUCUCCAGUGAAGGCUCCUUGUACUUUAAGUAAUCCUCUCAGUAUGAAACUCCUCACUCAGCUCUUCUGAUGAAUGUGACACAAACUACACUAGCCAUGGAGCACGUGAUAAAGCGUCUGCACUGCUGUGGUGAGUGACUUUAAACCAACAGAAUGUGUUCAGCUGAAACUCACUGUUCUCGUGAACAUCAUGUUUUCUGGGGAGUUCAUUUCUGUAUCAUUUUGAGCUGUCUUAGGUAGACAAUAAACAAACAAACAAAAAAAAGAAAUAAAUUAAAAAUAAAAACAACAGGAUGAUGUAAAUGACUCCAGAAUCUCAUUGGUUAAAUAGAUAAAGAUUGUGAUUGUGGUUGCAGUUUUCUGGCUGAGGUUUAGGGAGGCGUUUUAGGGAUGCGGAGACGUGCUGCGUUGUAGAUACAGAAAGCAGGAUUCCUUUUCUUUCUGUGUGACCUUUUUCUUCCUCUGUGUAAGUGUAUGGAAUAUUUGCUUUGACUGGAAACACUAUGCUUUAUACACUGAAUUCCAUAAAUAAAGUUUUGAAUGUACAUACAAGA